UGCGGAAGUUGCGUCUGCAGAAGAGGAUUGUGGGUAAUACCGGUGUGGACAGAAAACGUGCUCCGAGAAGAGUGAUCAUAUAGCUGUCGUUCUCAGUGCCGCAGAUAUGGAGGCUAAAGCGGAGCGUUACAAGCGGUUCAUCUGCUCGUUCGGCGACUGCUCUGCCGCCUACAACAAGCAGUGGAAGCUGGACGCCCACCUGUGCAAACACACCGGAGUGAAGCCGCACUCCUGCGGCCACGACGGCUGCGGGAAGUCCUUCUGCACCCCCUACCACCUGGCCAGGCACGAACUCAGCCACAGCGGCGUGAAGCCCUUCCAGUGCGACGUGGAGGGCUGCUCGGAGGCCUUCACCACCAACGCCAACCGGACCAGACACGUCAGCCGCGUCCACGCGCAGGAACACAAGAAGUACGUGUGUAAGUUUGAGGGCUGCGGGCUCGAGUUCAGGAAGAACAAGCAGCGCAAGUCCCACAUGUGUGAGCAGCACACUCAGCUGCCACCCUACAAGUGCACUUAUGAAGGCUGCCACAUGCGAUUCACCUUCCCAAGCAAGCUGAAGCGACACGCGAAGGUGCACAGAGGGUAUCCCUGCAAGGAGGAGGCCUGCACCUUCACAGGGAAGACCUGGACGGACUACCUGAGGCACAGGAAGGAGCAGCACAGGCUCCUCCUGAGGUGUGAUCGCUGCACCAAGGUGUUCAGGGACUCCUGGUUGCUGCAGCAGCAUCAGCGCGUCCACUCUGACAUAAGAGUGGUUCUGAAGUGCCCCAGGGACGGCUGCAGCAGGUCCUUCACCACCGCCUUCAACCUGCAGAGCCACAUCAACUCCUUCCACGAGCAGCAGCGGCCCUUCGCCUGCACCCACGCUGGCUGUGGGAAGACCUUCGCCCUGAAGAAGAGUCUCCAGCGUCACGGCGUUGUCCACGACCCACAGAGGAAAAAGCUCACCAAGCCCAGAGCCAAGAGAUCUCUUUCUUCCAGGUUGAGCGGCUACAGUGAGACAAAGCGGGUGGUCUACAAAAAGCGCCGGGAGCCUGAAGCACACAGAGGGUCUGAUCAGAACAACAUGGAGACGCCUGGUCCUGUGGAGCUGGUGUCCCUCCUGCAGGACACGUCUCUGCUGUGCAGUCCAGCUGUGGACACACAUGGACUCAUUAACGCCCUCACUGCGCCUUUACAAGAGCAUUUAUAACUCCUAAAGUGGUGUUGUCGCAUGAAGUUUGUGCUGAUACUCAGAACUUAAGACUGUUUACAGUUUUCCUAAAGCUGUAUUUAGAAUGAAGGACCUCCUGCUGCUGCUCUAUUAAAAUUAUGUUUUUGGGGCAUUUUUGAUUUCUCUGGAGCCGUUACAUUCAAUAUAUUUGUGUCAUAAUUAAAAAUGUGUAUAUUCUAAUUACAAAUCCAAAUUGAAAAAUGUCACAAAAUGUGAAGUUUUUCUUUGUGCAAUAUCAAAAUCUGCCUUUGCAGAAGCACAAUGUUUGAAUAAAGACUGUGCUGUGUUUUGUCUAAA